GAGGAUAUUGAGAGCAUUCUCUGGAUUGGACGGGAAGUGUCUGUGUACAAGAUUCCACCUUUGAAAGCAAACGAAGGCCACCGUGCCCAAGAGUGGGGAGAUCUGGGCCAGCCUCUUUGGAAGGGCAGAAUUCGCAUUAUCGAGCGAUCCAGCGGAGUUGCACUGCAGUUUGAGGACGUGAAUACAGUGUUUGCGAAGGCCGACUACGAUCCUGCUAAACCGGGUGUAGAAGCGGUUCUCGACUCGUCUAGGUACUUCGUCAUCCGUGUAGAGGACAACGGUCGGAAAGCGUACAUUGGUAUGGGCUUCCUGGAACGAACAGACAGUUUCGACUUCAAUGUUGCUCUGCAAGACUACACCAAGCGAUGGAAAGCAAGCAAGAAUCCGGCUGCUGCUGCAAACGAGCCCUCGCCUCAUAUCCCUGCUGGACCCAAAAAAGAUUAUACCCUCAAGGAAGGCCAGACGUUCUCCAUCUCGAUCCCGGGCAAGGCCAGCAAGCCUAUCUCAAACAGCAGCUCUGGAAUGAACUUACUGGGUGGGAGCUCUGGCUCUGGAGCAGCGGCAUUCCUG